AUGGGACUCGGCGCCCUCAAAACCGCCUGGCAACGGCAGACCCUUCACUUCUCCCACGCCUCUCCCUCACGAACCAGCAAAUAUCAGUCGCUCAUCUUCGACAACCGCGGCAUGGGCGCCUCUGCCAAACCCACCCUCCGCUACACCACCACCGAAAUGGCCCAUGACACCAUCGACCUCCUCAACACCAUCGGCUGGACUUCUCCCCGCCAACUCCACAUCAUAGGCGUCAGCAUGGGCGGCAUGAUCGCGCAGGAACUCGCCCUCCUGAUCCCCUCCCGCGUCGCCAGCUUAAUCCUCGUCAGCACGGCCGCCCGGCUCGAAAACACCGUCGGCUUCAUCGAAAACCUGCGCCAAAGAAUCAAUCUGUUCAUCCCCAAGGAAAUCAACACCCAGCUCACGGAGAUCAAGACGCGGCUUUUCUCGCAAGAGUUCCUUGAUACCCCAGAUGAGGAUGGUGGGUUCCCAACCAACGGUGAUAGAUUCGCGGCUCAGGAGCUCAGUAAGCGCAUGGACAAGGAAGGGUUUACGAGGAAGGGGUUCGUGCUGCAGGCGGUGGCGGCCGGGUGGCAUCAUAAGUCAGCGGCGCAGCUGAGGAAGUUGGCGGAUGAGGUGGGCAGGGAGAGGAUUUGCGUUAUGCAUGGCACGGAGGAUCGGAUGAUCACGUACCACCAUGCCGAGGUGUUGAAGCGCGAAUUGGGGGAGGGGAUUAGAUUUGAGCGGUUUGACGGGAGGGGACAUGUGUUGACGUGGGAGGAGAGGGAGGCUUUCAAUCGGGUGGUGGAGGAGAUGGUAGAGAAAGGCGAGAAAUUGGAUGGGUGA